CAAGCCUCGGACGGUGAACUGCAAGUCCAGCCAUUGGCCCUCCUCGAACUACGACCUCAAAGCUAUCUCCUUCCUCAGCAUAUAGCUACUACUCCGAUACCACCAUCAUGUCUACGGAAAUGGAAGUCGACCCUCCGGUGGUGCAACAAGAGGAAGAGGAAGAAGCUCCCGCGCAGUCCAGCAACGGUAGCCACGAUCCGAGAACACAGGCGGGAGCCGUCGCAGUACGCAGCAUCGAGGGAUGGAUUGUCAUCGUGACCAACAUCCAUGAAGAGGCCUCCGAAGAGGACGUCACGGACUUGUUCGCCGAAUAUGGAGAGAUCAAGAAUUUCAGCCUGAACCUGGACCGCCGGACGGGUUACGUCAAGGGAUAUGCCUUGAUCGAGUACUCCACCCUCCCCGAAGCCUCGGAUGCCAUCAAAGCCUUGAACGGCUCCAAACUACUGGACCAAACCAUCUCCGUCGAUUUCGCAUUCGUUAGACCGCCUCCCUCGAAUAAAGGAAAGGGUGGAGGACAGAGAGGUGGACGUGGCGGCGGUAGAAACCGCAGCAGAAGCCGCGAGAGGAGCCGCAGUCCUGGAGCCGAUGAUGCACGGGACUAAGCCCGCCGUGAUGUUUUGUUUGUUGGGAGAGCGUCCUCUUUUCAAUUCAUCUCACAGGCCGUGGAUGCGCCAGACACUUGGCCUUUUGUUUGCUC